AUGAGUCAAAAACGGCCAUUUGAUGAAGGUCCUUUGCUUUCUCCGCCAUCUACUCCAUUUGAGAAAAAGAAAAAAACCAAAGAUGAGUUCAAGAAAAUUGUAGAGAUUCUAGAAGAAGAUGAGAAGCUCGUUUGCACUUCAGAGAUCCAUCACAAUUACACAGCAGAUUUCAAACUAGAGAAAAUCACGAAGUCAGACCAGACGCCGACGCCAUAUCUCAUUUGCCGGAGCCCCUUCUGCACUAAUGCUGAAUACAAACAUAAGGUUUUCUUUGGCAUUCGAGGCAAUUUGGCGAAAGCGAGCCAUGCGACUGACUACUACGUGAAACGGCACAUCCAAGAACACCAUCGUUCAAUUACAACCGACGCCGAAGAGCUUGAGGAAAUCGCCGCAGAAGUUGUUGCGAACGAUGGUCUUUCAAUUUGUGCUUUUGAAACCGAAACAAUGAAGAAAUUUUGCGCAAGGGCUCAUCAGGCAAUAGCGAAUGGAAUAAGCAGUCACAAAAUUGUGAAGAUUCUCAGGCGCAAAAGUACCGUUUCGAAUGGUAUCGUCAAGUCCAAGCUGCCUGGUCUCAUCCAGGAAAACAGAUGUUGCUUGGUCCUUGAUGGAUUCGACUGCCCUCGGCUAACGAAAGAAAGAAACACGAUUUUUCUUCUUCAUUACGGGGUCAUCUUCAAAGCAACUGAUGCGAAUGUACGUCGACAACUAGAAAACGUCCUCUCGGAUUGGAAUAUCCUCGAGUUUUUUCACGCAAAACGACUUCCAGUUGUUGGAGAUGCGCCAAUGGCUCAGGCCUUCUCCGACUACUUCGCCGUUGUCUGUGCAAGCCACACGAUUUCGAAUCAGUUAAAAAGAUAUAUUACCCUUGUCCAGAGCGAUGCAAUCGUCGGCGAUAGCUGUGUCGAGAUCGAGAAAGCGGUCUCAGCAUGCAAUCAUCGAGCUGAACGAGACGACUGCUCCGAGAAAUCCUUCAAUGAUCUGGUGAAAAGCUACACUCCAACUGAAGACGAGCUCAAGCACAUCAGGCAAUUCUACCCGAAUUACGACAAAUUCGUUACGAUCGACAGGAUCUAUUACAUCAGAUUCAGAUCUUUCAUCACGACCUACAAGCAGCUCAUGGCAAACGAACCUCUUCUUCGUCGCCACCAGAAGUACCUGACUGACUCAAAGUCGAUCUUACACGAAAUCGACUGGAAGCUCGUUCAUUACCUCCACUCAGUCUCCCAAGUCUUCGAGCCUGCUCUGGCGUCCACCGAUUCGGAUCACUUCUCGGUUGGUGACACUCUAACAAAACUGUUCGACUUGCUGAAAUUCUUGCUUCAAAUUGAUCCGGCUGACUUCAAGGAAAUCCACCAGGAGCUGAUUCUGACCGUAGCAGACUACAUUUUCGGUGCUAACAUCACUGGACGGAAGCCAUCGAGAGGAUCCUACAUCAAAUCGAGAGCAAAUCCAGCUGCUUUGAUCGGGCUCUCCCUUGACUUCUUUAGCCGUCACUUCGAAUUCACCUUGAUCCGUAACCGACUUGACGACGCCUUUGAGAAGGAUUCGUUCAUCACCAAGUCUACAUACGACACCCUCAUCAAUUGCUUCGAUACUGCAGUUCCUGUCUGGAAGGAGACAAUGCGCAAGACCUUCUUUGACCUAGCUGAGCAAACCAAACCAAUUGAGGAAAUCUUCAUUCUUGUUCCUGUUGAAAACCAGCAACAGAAGACACCAUCAGCAGCUCCUUCAUCACAGCCAAAGACGUUGACUCCUCCAAACUCACAGGAGCGCGCUCCGCCGACACCUCCAUCUUCUCAAGCAAAGUCGACUUUCGAGGAAGAAAUGGAGCAAUAUUCGAGCGACGAGGAUGAAUGCGAAAAAUCAUCAACUGAUGAGUUCUCUGCAUGGUUCAAGAAGGAGAGCAAGAUGGAGCGCAAAGAAAGCGUCAAAAGAUACAAGCAAUGGUUGAACCAGCUCGAUCCCAUGUUCAAGACCUCCGCCAAGAUUCUAGAAGAAGAUGAGAAGCUCGUUUGCACUUCAGAGAUCCAUCACAAUUACACAGCAGAUUUCAAACUAGAGAAAAUCACGAAGUCAGACCAGACGCCGACGCCAUAUCUCAUUUGCCGGAGCCCCUUCUGCACUAAUGCUGAAUACAAACAUAAGGUUUUCUUUGGCAUUCGAGGCAAUUUGGCGAAAGCGAGCCAUGCGACUGACUACUACGUGAAACGGCACAUCCAAGAACACCAUCGUUCAAUUACAACCGACGCCGAAGAGCUUGAGGAAAUCGCCGCAGAAGUUGUUGCGAACGAUGGUCUUUCAAUUUGUGCUUUUGAAACCGAAACAAUGAAGAAAUUUUGCGCAAGGGCUCAUCAGGCAAUAGCGAAUGGAAUAAGCAGUCACAAAAUUGUGAAGAUUCUCAGGCGCAAAAGUACCGUUUCGAAUGGUAUCGUCAAGUCCAAGCUGCCUGGUCUCAUCCAGGAAAACAGAUGUUGCUUGGUCCUUGAUGGAUUCGACUGCCCUCGGCUAACGAAAGAAAGAAACACGAUUUUUCUUCUUCAUUACGGGGUCAUCUUCAAAGCAACUGAUGCGAAUGUACGUCGACAACUAGAAAACGUCCUCUCGGAUUGGAAUAUCCUCGAGUUUUUUCACGCAAAACGACUUCCAGUUGUUGGAGAUGCGCCAAUGGCUCAGGCCUUCUCCGACUACUUCGCCGUUGUCUGUGCAAGCCACACGAUUUCGAAUCAGUUAAAAAGAUAUAUUACCCUUGUCCAGAGCGAUGCAAUCGUCGGCGAUAGCUGUGUCGAGAUCGAGAAAGCGGUCUCAGCAUGCAAUCAUCGAGCUGAACGAGACGACUGCUCCGAGAAAUCCUUCAAUGAUCUGGUGAAAAGCUACACUCCAACUGAAGACGAGCUCAAGCACAUCAGGCAAUUCUACCCGAAUUACGACAAAUUCGUUACGAUCGACAGGAUCUAUUACAUCAGAUUCAGAUCUUUCAUCACGACCUACAAGCAGCUCAUGGCAAACGAACCUCUUCUUCGUCGCCACCAGAAGUACCUGACUGACUCAAAGUCGAUCUUACACGAAAUCGACUGGAAGCUCGUUCAUUACCUCCACUCAGUCUCCCAAGUCUUCGAGCCUGCUCUGGCGUCCACCGAUUCGGAUCACUUCUCGGUUGGUGACACUCUAACAAAACUGUUCGACUUGCUGAAAUUCUUGCUUCAAAUUGAUCCGGCUGACUUCAAGGAAAUCCACCAGGAGCUGAUUCUGACCGUAGCAGACUACAUUUUCGGUGCUAACAUCACUGGACGGAAGCCAUCGAGAGGAUCCUACAUCAAAUCGAGAGCAAAUCCAGCUGCUUUGAUCGGGCUCUCCCUUGACUUCUUUAGCCGUCACUUCGAAUUCACCUUGAUCCGUAACCGACUUGACGACGCCUUUGAGAAGGAUUCGUUCAUCACCAAGUCUACAUACGACACCCUCAUCAAUUGCUUCGAUACUGCAGUUCCUGUCUGGAAGGAGACAAUGCGCAAGACCUUCUUUGACCUAGCUGAGCAAACCAAACCAAUUGAGGAAAUCUUCAUUCUUGUUCCUGUUGAAAACCAGCAACAGAAGACACCAUCAGCAGCUCCUUCAUCACAGCCAAAGACGUUGACUCCUCCAAACUCACAGGAGCGCGCUCCGCCGACACCUCCAUCUUCUCAAGCAAAGUCGACUUUCGAGGAAGAAAUGGAGCAAUAUUCGAGCGACGAGGAUGAAUGCGAAAAAUCAUCAACUGAUGAGUUCUCUGCAUGGUUCAAGAAGGAGAGCAAGAUGGAGCGCAAAGAAAGCGUCAAAAGAUACAAGCAAUGGUUGAACCAGCUCGAUCCCAUGUUCAAGACCUCCGCCAGUACGGCCGAACGGAGCUUGAUGUAUUUCACGCAUCACGCUGGAACUUACCCGACAUUCGCCAGAAUCGCACAACUCAUACGCUCAACUCCUGGCUCAAGCGGCAGCAUCGAACGUCUCUUCUCGAAAGCGAACGAUAUCAUGUCUUCAAAACGAAACUGCUUGAACACCAGUACUGUUGAACUCAUUCUACAAGUGUCUUCUUAUCCAAAUGUACAGAAUCUAUUUGAAUAA